AUGGUUCUAGGGCUGAGGUCAAAGCACAGAAAGGGUGCUUCUGUUAAAGUUGAGUACAUAGUGCACUUACAGGAGAUUAGGCCUUGGCCUCCAACAGAAUCUCUGAGAUCCGUUCAAACCGUGUUGCUUCAAUGGGAAAAUGGUGAUAAAAAUUCGGGAUCCUUUAUUUCUGUUGCUGGGAAUACCAAUAUUUCUUUCAACGAGUCUUUCAUACUUCCGUUUACUCUUCGCCAAGAUAAAAAGGCACGUGAUAAGUUUCUUAAGAAAUACUUGGAGUUCAGCUUGUUUGAGCCUCAAAAGGACAAGGGAAGUAAAGGACAAUUAUUGGGGACAGCUUUAUUAAAUCUUGCCGAUUUUGGAGUACUUGAAGAAAUCUUAAGCAUUAGUGUUCCUUUAAACUUCAAGAAGAGUUCUAAGAAUUCAGCGCAACCGGCCUUGUUUAUUAGCUUGGAGCCAGUUGAAAAAGAUGGCUCGAAUUCAUCACCUAGUAGUCGCUUAUCAAAAGCAGCAUCCCUCGACAAUGAUGAUAAUGACUCGGAAAUUGCCUCGUUUACUGAUGAUGAUACUUCUUCCCAUUCAACAAGGACUGCUGUAUCAUCAACCUUUGAGGCUACAACAGCUUCACCAUCCCAAAAUGAGAAGAAUGGAACUGGAUUGCUAAAUGCUGGGACCGACCCUACUCAAGAGCCAAAGUGGAGUAUAUGUCCUUCAUCAAUUGAUGUAUCCUCAGAUGCUGGAAACCGUAUACAAAAUUAUGCUUCUUUAUCCAAAUUUUCUGAAAGAAGCAUGACAUUUGUCAAGAGGAACUCUGUUACCCCUUCCAUAAAAUCUUCUCCCUCAUUCACAGGUUUCCAAGAUAUAAACGGGAAGUCCAGCUACUGCGUGGGAACUCUUCAGACAGGAAGUGUUCCCCGUGAUGCCAAUGAAGAGAUUGCUAAAAGCAAAGCAAAAAUUAAUGAAAUCACUCAACAGUCUGUAAAGGAUGAACCCUCUGGUAGAUUUUUACCUAAAUUUAUGUCAUCUGAUAAUUCUACACAGGCCAUUUUGGACUCAAAGUCUGUCAAUCGCUCUUACGCCUCUCAGGAAAAGAUAGUGGACCAAGAAGCCAGAGCGAUAAAUGAUGCACAUAAUGGUCUGGUGAAUGAUGGAGAAAAAAGGGAACAAAUAAAUAAUGGACAUGAUGAAAAGAUCAUGGAAGAGAUUUUGCAUUUCCCAGAGAUCAAAUUGGGGGGAGAAGAUUGCAGCAGGCAGGUAACAAUGAGAAGUGAUACUCUUGUUCCCAAUAGGAAAGCACCAGGAAUUAUGGGUUCUAGUACUAACAAUGCUCGAUUAAAGCAUGCAAAGUCUGUCCAGAUACAUAGCUCCAUUCGAGGGAAUGGAUUUGUAGGCAGCAGUGCAGGUGGGAAAAAAGCAACAGAUCUUGAUAUUCCAGACUCUCAAAAUAACAGGAAAGGUAAUGCCACAACUGAAAGAAAAGAAUCAAAAAAUAAAAUUUCAGAAAGUAAAAAUGAAUGGAAGUCUAGAAUUGAGAUGCUGGAGGAAGAACUGAGAGAAACUGCAGCUGUUGAAGUUGGAAUAUAUUCCAUAAUUACUGAGCACACAAGUUCUAGUAAUAAAGUCCAUGCUCCAGCUCGACGACUUUCCAGAUUUUAUCUUCAUGCUUGCAGAGCAGGAUCCCAAGCUAAACGGGCAAGUGCAGCAAGAGCUGUGUUGUCUGGGUUAGUUUUGGUUUCUAAAGCGUGUGGAAAUGAUGUUCCAAGGUUGACCUUCUGGUUGUCAAAUUCAAUAAUGUUGAGAGCCAUUGUUAGCCAGGCUGCUGCAGAAAUGCCACGUACUGAUGGACCAGGCAUAAAAAGUAUUGGCACUGAACCUGGAUUGACUUUUAGAUUUCUUGCUAACUCUGGGAUGGAGAAAGAGAAGAAUAAAUCAGUUGAAGAAUCUGACGACUGGGAGGAUAUAUUAAUGUUCCUUAUUGCACUGGAAAAGAUUGAAUCUUGGAUCUUCUCUCGAAUUGUUGAGUCUAUUUGGUGGCAGACAUUUACUCCACAUAUGCAGCCAAUAGUUGCAAAAAGUAGUGGUAGAACUACAGGCUCAAGUACAAAGAAAACAUAUGGAAGAGGACAUAAUUUGGGGAAUCACGAGCAGGGAAAUUUCUCUACGGAAUUAUGGAAAAAGGCAUUUAAAGAUGCUUGUGAAAGGCUUUGUCCAAUUCGAGCAGGAGGGCAUGACUGUGGCUGCUUGUCUGUGCUGUCAAGACUGGUAAUGGAGCAGUUAGUUGAUAGGCUGGACGUGGCCAUGUUCAAUGCCAUUCUUCGUGAAUCUGCUGAAGAAAUGCCGACAGAUCCUGUGUCUGAUCCCAUUACUGAUUCUAAGGUUCUCCCCAUUCCUGCUGGAAAAUCAAGCUUCGGAGCUGGUGCACAAUUAAAAAAUGCUGUUGGCAAUUGGUCCAGAUGGCUUGCUGAUCUUUUUGGCAUAGAAGAUGACGUACCUGUGGAUAAUAAUUUUCUUGUUGAUGACAAGAGACCAAAAUCCUUGAAGGCAUUCCGUCUCCUCCAUGGUUUGAGUGACCUCAUGAUGCUUCCAUUCGGAAUGCUAGCUGAUGCUUCCAUCAGAAAAGAGGUUUGCCCAACAUUUGAUCCAACAUUGAUCAAGAGGGUUUUUAGUAAUUUUGUUCCAGAUGAAUUCUGUCCAGACCCCAUUCCGCAGAACAUCAUUGAGUCUCUGGAUUCUGAGGAAAUCCCGGAUGCUUCUGUAGAGCCGCUCACCAGCUAUCCGUGCACUGCAAGUCCUAAGGUUUACUCACCACCUCCAGCAGCUUCACUCAAUUUUGUUAUGGGUGAGGUUGGAACCGGAUUCCUUGAAAGAAGCGGAUCAUCAGUACUCAAAAAAUCAUAUACAAGUGAUGAUGAACUCGAUGAGCUUGACUCACCCUUGACUUCAUUCAUUCCUGAUAGCUUUCAGAGUUCAUCUGCUUUAGCAAAACUCAACUCAAUGCCACAACGAAAGGGUGGCAGAAAUGUUCUUCGGUAUCAGCUACUCCGGGAAAGUUGGGAAGAUGGUGAACAGUAA